AUGGCGGUACCACCUCGAUAUGCCACGAUGCAAUCCAUCAGUAAUGGCGGCUCAGCACCAGGGAGCGACAGGCCACAGACACAACAAUCCCAGCUAUCACAACUGUCCCCUGGGCUACGUGUACCUUCCAAUCGCAAGACCAUCUACGACCGACACCUGAAUCGGACUCGUAAUGCAGAACUCAGCCGGGCAAGCUUCGCCUUUCUAUUCGGGGAGAUGGUCACAUAUGCUCAAAGACGAGUAACAGGUAUUCAAGAUCUGGAGAAACGAUUAAACGAACAAGGCUACCCUCUCGGCCUCCGCCUCCUCGAUCUCCUCUUCUACCGCUCAACCUCAGCUUCCUCCUCCUCCGCCCUCUCAAGCUCCUCCUCCACCACCUCCUCACCCCCAAACCGACCCCUCCGCAUCAUUACCCUGCUGCACCUGAUCCAUGGCCCCCUCUGGCGCCUCCUCUUUGGCCGUGCCGCAGAUGCCCUCGAGCACUCCGUUUCCCCGGAUACUCCAAAUGAAUACAUGAUCACCGAUAAUGACCCGAUGGUCAACACGUACAUCAGUGCGCCCCGCGAUAUGAGCAUGCUCAACUGCGCUGCCUACGUUGCCGGCAUCAUUGAGGGUGUCUGUGAUGGAUGUGGAUUUGAGACGAAGGUCUCGGCGCAUAACCAGCCCACGGAACUCUGGCCUAGUCGGACAGUUUUCUUGGUUCGCUUUGGAGAUCCGGUUAUGGAGAGGGAGAAGGUGCUUGAGAGGGCGGGUGUUAAAUAA